AUUCUCAUUUGGUCGUUCCACCCCUAUUUCUUUUUUUUAAAAAAAAUUCCACCCCUAAUUUAGAUAUAAUAUACCCAUUUUACCCUUUGAGAUUAAGCAAAUUCUCAUUUGGACUACCCGUCUUUGCUCCCCUAAGUUCAUAAUCAUAUCAUACUCUCUCUCUCUCUCUCACACACACACAUUCACACACACCUCGGCGUACACCAACUGUGUGUAAUUUUCUAUAUAUGAUAAUAUGACUAUAUCAUCGUCAUCUACUUGGACAGUUGUACCAUUGAUCUCGUUUUCUCGAUAAAUAGACUGACAUUUGAAUGAAAAACUACCUAAAUUCUGAUUCCACACUUGAUUCAUAUUCAUUUAUAUCGAACAGAACUAUUUGAGCAGCAUAGCUGUUCAGUUUGAACAGUGUAAACGUAGAAUUGACAAUUCAGAGUUGUUUUGUAGUGCCAGCGAUGGCUGGCCGGGGUUUUCUGGCGAUGGCGGCGGUGGUUGCAUUGGCGGCCGCCGCCGCCGCUGCCUCAGCGUCGACUGACGGCGUAGGAUUUCAGAGAGCUCUGCCGUUGGAGAGAGCAUUUCCAGUAAAGGAGGACCUGGAGGUGACUAAAGCUCGGGACCGUGCAAGGCACGCGCGCAUGUUGCAGAGCUUCUCCGGUGGCAUCGUCGAUUUCGCGGUCGGUGGUACCUCCGAUCCCUACGCCGUCGGACUUUAUUAUACGAAAGUUAGGUUGGGAUCUCCACCGCAAGAGUUCAAUGUGCAGAUUGAUACUGGAAGUGACAUCUUGUGGGUUACUUGCAGUUCCUGUAACGAUUGCCCCCAGAAUAGUGGAUUGGGAAUUCCUCUCAAUUUCUUCAAUGGUGCCUCAUCCUCAACUUUUUCACCAAUGUCCUGUUCGGAUAGUAUAUGUGCUUCCAUUGUUCAAAGUGCAUCUGCUGAAUGCGAUAGUGGGAGCAAUCAAUGUGCUUACUCAUUCAAAUAUGGUGAUGGAAGUGGCACAACUGGUUUAUAUGUGUCUGAUGUGCUUUAUUUUGAUACAGUUUUGGGUACCUCUUUGAUCGCCAAUUCUUCUGCCCCUAUUGUUUUUGGGUGCAGCACCUCACUGUUUGGGGACCUGACUGAUUCAGAUAGAGCAGUUGAUGGAAUUUUUGGCUUUGGCCAGAAUAGUCUUUCAGUAAUAUCACAACUGUCAUCACGUAGGAUCACUCCUAAAGUAUUUUCCCAUUGCUUGAAAGGGGAGGGUAGUGGUGGAGGUAUACUAGUUCUUGGUGAGAUAUUGGAUCCAAGAAUCGUUUAUACACCCCUUGUUCCAUCACAGCCUCAUUAUAAUUUACAUCUGCAGAGCAUUGCUGUUAAUGGACAACUGUUACCUAUUGAUCAAGGAUUGUUUAGUACAUCAGGCAACCGAGGAACCAUAAUCGAUUCUGGAACUACGUUGGCUUACCUUGUAGAAGGAGCUUAUGAUCCUCUUGUUGCUGCUAUAACAGGUGCUAUUUCUCCAUCCGUGAGACCAAUAACAUCUAAAGGAAAUCAAUGUUAUCUGCUUUCUACAAGUUUAGCAGAGGUCUUCCCCGAAGUUGCUCUCAAUUUUGCUGGAGGCGCAUCCAUGGUUUUAAGACCAAUUGACUACCUUGUACAUAUGGGAUUUGUCGAUGGUGCUACAAUGUGGUGUGUGGGCUUUCUUAAGGUUCCAAAUCAAGGCACAACAAUUUUGGGAGAUCUUGUACUCAAAGACAAAAUUUUCGUUUACGAUUUGAUUCAUCAAAGAAUAGGAUGGGCAGCCUAUGACUGCUCUUUGUCCGUUAAUGUCUCCAUAACUUCGGGCAAAGACGAAUAUGUUAAUGCUGGACAGCUGAGUGUGAGCAGAAGCUCUUCCACUGGUGAAAUCUUCAGAGCAAUGCAUAGGUAUUAUGGUGCUCUGGUACUGCGUUUGUUGCUGUUAGGGAUUCUUUGUCUGUAGAUUAUUUCCACUCAUGCCUAUUUUUUCUUCCAUUUCUGAUUUCGUCAAUUUAUAUUUGUUGCAAUUGGCAACAUUCUUCAUGUCAUCUUCAAGGUCAUAAGAAAAUGAAAAAAAAAAAAAAAACCAGAAAAUUAGGUUAACUAGAGGAUUUGGUAGCAUGGUGACAGUGAGGAAGAUCUCUAAGAUUUUAUUUUUAUUAAUUUUAAAUGUGUUCGAAUAUAAAUAUAUUUGCAUUUAGAUUCUGUUGUAGCUGCAUAUUUUCUAUUCCUACAUUCUCAAAAAUGGUACAUGGGAAUAUGGGAUUAGAGAUACUAUCAAGUUUUGUUCCACUGUUUACUGGAUAAUGUUUAUUUGUGUUGAA